GUCAAAAUGUGACAAUCUUUUAGUAAAAAAGAAUAAUAAGUUUAUUCAUAUGGAGAAGAAUGCACUCCAAAUAAAGAAAUAUCCCCAUCAAUGCCAUUCUAUGAUGUAACAAAUGGUAUUUUGAAAUAUAUUUUUCUUUGUUCAUUUAAGUACUAAUUCUAAUAUUUUUUAUUAAAAGACAUUUUCUUCCAUAAUACUUUUGUUUUUGUAGUGACAUCAUCAGUGCACCUAGCUCUUCCUUCAAUAUCUUUGGUGUAACUCAUUAUCCUCGGGUAGAAUUUGCCAACGCUAUCCUAUCAGGAAAAAGUUGUGUCACGCAGGUUGGCUUAUUAUUAAAGAAACAUGUCUUUAGUCAUGUUCCAAGCUCAGGCCUCAGAGUCACGUUUUUAUUGUCUUCAAAAUUCUCUGCUGAAUCUUCAUUUUUUCGCUUUUCCGAAAAUCUGAAUUCUCUUAAUUUUCAGCUGUGCCGCCGUACCGCCUGCGGGCCGCCGGGAUCCGGACUGAGCCCUCUAAUUUUUCCAAUCGCCUGGAUCGUUGAUUUGUUGCCCUGUUCUCUGCGUAACUGAGUUCGUCCUUGAGUUUACACCGCGGGAUCGUUGCUGCAUUUUCUUCCUGCAGUCCGUGCCACCUGCCGACCGUCGACCUCGUACCGGCGUUACGGAACGCCGAAGGUCGGACUCCGCUCCGCUGCCCACCGGAGAGUAUGCGAUUGACUAUUUGUAAUUUCCUACUAGUGUGAAAUUUUGCAUUUUCUGCAAUUUCAAUUUUCGAAGAAAUUAUAUAUUUGCGCGGAAACUUAGAAUUGAAGGGAGGAACAAUAAUUACGAAAUAAGAAUAGCCUCCACUCCCUUGCAUUUGCCUUUUCACUUUUCAGUAGUUUUGUUCACUUUAAUCAAAGUGAAAUAGCUGAAGAAUCACACUUGCAGUUUCGAGAUCAUUUUGAAGUGAAAUGAAAUCAAAGGUGAAAUGGGCAGCACUAGGUGGACUGGUCCUGUCCUUUGUUUCCUUGCUGGUUCAUUUAUUCUUGGCCAAGUCUAGCGCUAAUCUUGUACAGUACACUGCCUUUGCUACUUUUGCUGAUGAUCUAACCCCUAAUCAUCCAAUUAAAAAGGGUUUUGCAUAUCGGAGUUUGUGGGGAAAGAUCAAGUCUUUGGAGCCACUGCAGCAUUAUGCAGAUCCAAGAAGUACAUACACAGUUCCGUUAGAGCAAAACAAUGGUUUCAUUUAUGCAAAGAUUUUUGGAUCGUUUGAGAAGAUUAGAAACUCGAUCUGUGAUUUGGUCACCGUAGCUAGGCUUUUGAAUGCAACCCUUGUCAUUCCAGAGAUUCAUGAAAGUACACAGUCAAGAGGCAUCAGCUCAAAAUUUAGGAGUUUUUCAUAUCUUUAUGAUGAGGAAAAGUUCAUAGCGAGCUUGACAAAUGAUGUGAUCGUCGUGAAGGACCUACCACCAACCUUAAAGAAGGCAAGGAGAAAAAAAGAGUUCCCAAUUUUUAAACCUAGGAUCGCCACUUCUCCUACCUUUUAUAUCUCUGAAGUUCUGCCAAAGUUGAGGAAAACAAAGGCCAUUGGGUUAAUCUUGUCGGAUGGAGGAUGCCUGCAGUCCAUCCUUCCACCUAGCUUGGCUGAGUACCAAAGGCUUCGAUGUCGUGUGGCAUUUCAUGCACUUCAAUUUCGCACUGAGAUCCAAUCUCUUGGUUGGCUCAUGGUGGAAAGGUUGCGAGCAGCAGGCCAACCUUACCUUGCUUAUAAUCCUGGACUUAAGAGAGAUAACCUAGCAUAUAACGGUUGCGCUGAACUUUUUCAGGAUGUCCACACAGAGCUCAUACAACAUAGGCGAGCUCAAAUGAUUAGACAAGGUAUCCUUAAUGAAGAUCUGAUGGUGGAUUCUCAUGCUCGAAGAAGAAAUGGUUCAUGCCCGCUUAUGCCUGAAGAGGUAGGACUGCUACUUCGAGCAAUGGGCUACCCUCCAAGAACAAGGAUAUACAUGGCAGGUUCUGAAAUAUUUGGUGGUCAGAGGAUUAUAAUUCCCUUACGGGCCAUGUACACAAACUUAGUCGACCGCACUUCGUUGUGCAGCACAUCAGAGCUGGACAAUUUAAUUGGUCCAGAAACCUCACUCCCUCCUGAUCCCAUCCAGCUCCUACCUGUGAAAAGUGAGAAGCAACUAAAAGAUGAAUGGGACACGGGUGGGCCCCGACCAAGGCCUCUUCCUCCUCCUCCUGACCGACCUAUAUACCGCCAUGAAAAAGAAGGGUGGUAUGGUUGGAUAGCUGAAAAAGAUUCUGAGCCGGAUUCCACACCUCGUGAUUUAAGGGAACAAGCUCACCGCUUACUAUGGGAUGCCCUUGAUUACAUUGUUUCAGUGGAGGCAGAUGCAUUCUUUCCUGGUUUUGACAACGAUGGUAGUGUAUGGCCUGAUUUUUCCAGCUUGGUGAUGGGAAAUCGGCUUUAUAACAAGGCAUCUUCUAGAACAUUCCAUCCUGACAGGAAAUAUCUUGCAGAGCUCUUCAAUGCUACGGCUGAGCGUCUGUACUAUCCGCCACGCAACUGGACUCUCUCUGUAAGAAAACAUCUAAACAGAAGCACUAGUGAAGACGGGCUUACAAAAAAAGCCCAUCUUUCCAAACCCAAACUCUUCCUUUCACACCCUAUCCCAGAGUGUUCUUGUUCAACUGCAAAGGCUCUCGAGAUUUUGAAUUCUGAAAAAGACCGAAGUGCCCUUCAUUUGUUAUACGGAGGACAAAUGAGGUGCCCCAAGGCGAUAGAGGAACGAGUGAAGUCCGAGGAGAGUGAUCCCGAGGAGGUAGACUCCCGUGAAGAUGAAGCAGAAAUGGAGGGACAGUUAGAUUCUGAGAGUACAAGUGGAACUGAUGCGAUCCCUUCCCUGGAACAGGAUGAGGAAAUGGACCCUGAUGAUUAGUUUCAUGGCUGAUCUGCCCAAAAUAUUUUUGCGAUUUUUUUGGAGCCUGACGAAUCGCAGGAAUCUCGCGAGGAGCGUUCAUAGUUUGAAGAGACGAGCCUGAAAAAGAAGGGGAUAACAAUUUUUUUAAAAAAAAACUUGACAGGAAAAUGUCGUCGCCAUACAAGAGGGGUAUUACUGUCUUCUUUCUUCUUCAGGAUUUUGGUUGUUCAAACUGGAAAAGUUGUCUAAUUCCAUGUAAAUAAACCUCUACUAUUUCAUGCAAAGUUUCUUUGGUGAUUUUUUUUUUCCUUUUGAAGAAACCUAAUACUGUAAA